AUGUUCACAUUUAGAACAAUUUACAAAUUUACAGCCAAAGCAGUUGAUACAGAGGCGCUUUUAAAGAAACUUUAGACAAAAUCUUUAAUCACCUUAACGAGGGACAAUUAUUAACUGAAUAUGGGUUUAUUGAUCCAAAGAGAUACAAUAUUUCUUCAUUACACAGAAGAGGAAAUGAAACUUAGAAAAUUCAGAUAUCAAUUAGAAAAAAGAAACAAUUAUAUUCCGAAAUUGCCAAAAGAAUUGCAUGAGUACACUCAUUUCACAGGUGAUUAGAAUGUUUUUGGAGACGAAACACCAACUCAUGUGAGAUUGGUAGGGGAUGUCCGUAGUGUAUUUUUAGAAAACAGCAAAUUCUUUAAGCAUUGUGAUCCAAAUGAAAAGAAUAAUAAGUUGAUUUAGUACAAUUCAUUGCACACAGUUUACUUAUUGGUUAAACAAAAUGGAAUUUGGAGUUUUCCAAAUAUCAAUAUCGAAGAGAAAGAAACUUUUCAAGAAACAUAAACAAAAUUAUUCGAAAAGAUGACUUAAAAUAAGUGGCAAGUAUACUACUUUACCAGAAGCCCAAGAUUAGUGACUGUUGAUCCUAACCCAGAUGAAAAUGCAAAAAUAAAAGGAGUCAAGACCAUCUAUUUUUAGGCCAAACACUUAAAUGGAAAAGUUUAGAUUUUUGGAUAUGAUGAUUGGGCUUGGGCUUCUAGAUUAGAAAUGAAUAAAUAUUUAACAGAAAGUGCUUAUAACAAAGUUAUCCAUGCUCUAGAUUUGUGA